AUGGGUGCGAGACGCGAGCCGUCUGCCGUUUACACCACUUGUUGGGCGCAAGACGCCGGGUGGGGACUCGGAGACUCGGAAAAAUAUACGGGCGAGCCGAGACCGCAGGCCGAAGACGCACGACGCGCAACGAAGCCGCGAAGGGACGCGUACUCGAUGGGACUAUCGGAAAAAUGUGACGCAGUAAAUCAAAAUAAUCAGUCGUGGUGUAUGUGUGAAAUUCUGGAAGGGGAGGGAGGGGACGAACGCUCAUUACCAGCACCCGGGCACGUGACACCCCCCCCUCCCUCCCACGACUCACCCCUCGUUACAAUGCAAUGA